GGGGCGGGGCGGGGCGGCGCGCCGGGAGCCCGGAGCCCGGCCCUGCGCUCGGCUCGGCUCGCCUCGCGGCGGGCGCCCUCGUCGCCAGCGGCGCACCAUGGACGGGCUGCCCGGUCGGGCGCUGGGGGCCGCCUGCCUUUUGCUGCUGGCGGCCGGCUGGCUGGGGCCCGAGGCCUGGGGCUCGCCCACGCCCCCUCCGUCGCCUGCCGCGCCGCCACCGCCCCCGCCGCCCGGAGCCCCCGGUGGCUCGCAGGACACCUGCACGUCGUGCGGCGGCUUCCGGCGGCCGGAGGAGCUGGGCCGGGUGGACGGGGACUUCCUGGAGGCGGUGAAGCGGCACAUCUUGAGCCGUCUGCAGAUGCGGGGCCGGCCCAACAUCACGCAUGCCGUGCCCAAGGCCGCCAUGGUCACUGCCCUGCGCAAGCUGCACGCGGGCAAGGUGCGCGAAGACGGCCGUGUGGAGAUCCCGCACCUCGACGGCCACGCCAGCCCGGGCGCAGAUGGCCAGGAGCGCGUCUCGGAGAUCAUCAGCUUCGCCGAGACAGAUGGCCUCGCCUCCUCCCGGGUCCGUCUGUACUUCUUCAUCUCCAAUGAAGGCAACCAGAACCUCUUUGUGGUGCAGGCCAGCCUGUGGCUCUACCUGAAGCUCCUGCCCUAUGUCCUGGAGAAGGGCAACCGGAGGAAGGUGCGGGUCAAGGUAUACUUCCAGGAGCAGGGCCACGGCGACCGGUGGGACGUGGUAGAGAAGAAGGUGGACCUCAAGCGCAGUGGCUGGCACACCUUCCCACUCACCGAGGCCAUCCAGGCCUUGUUCGAGCGCGGCGAGCGGCGGCUCAACCUGGACGUGCAGUGCGACGGCUGCCCGGAGCUGGCCGUGGUGCCUGUGUUUGUGGACCCAGGCGAGGAGUCGCACCGGCCCUUCGUGGUGGUGCAGGCCCGGCUGGGAGACAGCAGGCACCGCAUCCGCAAGCGGGGUCUGGAGUGCGAUGGCCGGACCAACCUCUGUUGCAGGCAACAGUUCUUCAUCGACUUCCGCCUCAUCGGCUGGAAUGACUGGAUCAUCGCGCCCACCGGCUACUACGGGAAUUACUGUGAGGGCAGCUGCCCGGCCUACCUGGCAGGGGUCCCUGGCUCUGCCUCGUCCUUCCACACGGCGGUGGUGAACCAGUACCGUAUGCGGGGCCUCAACCCUGGCACGGUGAACUCCUGCUGCAUCCCCACUAAGCUGAGCACCAUGUCCAUGCUCUACUUCGACGACGAGUACAACAUCGUCAAGCGGGAUGUGCCCAACAUGAUCGUGGAGGAGUGCGGCUGCGCCUGACCGCAGCAGGGCUGCGGCCGUGGGGGG